AUGGCGGCAAACACUCGCGGCCUUGCGAACCUGACGCUGGUCACCAAGCACUUCGGUGAUGCGCCUUCUUUAGAAAGAACUCAUGUCCUCCUCCAGAGGCCAGUGACUCCAGGAGUCCCUAAUUAUUCACGACCUGCAUCCAUGAGGACGACAUCCUACGUUCACCCUCGAAACGACCGCGGCGGAGUGGGCCGGUCUUCAGUUGGAUCAGACUCGACACCGCCAGAUAUGGUCGCCGACGAGGAUGGGGAUGAUCCAGCCUCUGGGGAUGAAGACCAUCAGUAUCACCUCCAUCAGUCCAGGCUCUUCGACAGCUUCUGGCAGGAGGGUCCCUUUGAGAACAUGCCGUACCCGGCUCUUCUCGAGAGCCCGUCAGCCCCUCGUCGCUCUGAAAACGAAAACAGUACGCCGGCUCCAAAGGAAGACGAAGGUCCUGACCCAGAGGGCGCUCAGCUUAAUCAUGUGGAUAGCGCCUGGCCCCUUCGAGGAAAAUCUGUUAGCAAUGCCAAGGCACCGCCGAGAUACUCUCUAUUUCCUCGCGAGACGCCAUCGAUCUCCAGUAGGCCGGGAUCCUCUCGAUCAUCUGCGCGGCCGCCCCUGGCCCCAAGGACCAGCUCGCUCAGCUACCAUCCCUCAUCUCAAGCGCCAUUACUACCACCUAUUGCAUCCACUUCAACUCUCUACCUGCCUCUCUUCAGCUCAAGCGAGAGCCCCUCUCCCGUCAGCGGUAACAGCCUUGUGCCGUCACCGCCCCCAAUCUCACCUUUAAAUCGACAUGGUCAAAUCUGGGACACCAAAUCUAGCAGCCCAUACGGGAGCGCAUCCUAUUCGCUGCCCGCCACGCCCCAGGUUGCCGUUCAACAGCAUUUCCGGAACCAUAGCCUCCAGCUGCCAGACACUCAGCUUCCCUAUCCUCUCACCCGCGGUCGGUCAGCAACAUGCGUCCCAUCAUACACCUCUCAACUCUCGGCUCCCACUCAACCAACUACGGUGUUUUCCGCCCGUUCUUCAUCAGGAAUUUCAUCUGCCGUCACCUCGUCUGCUCCAUCACCACUAGGGACCAACUUUAGAUUCUCCCAUCAACGGACAUCGCCACUCCCUAGCGUAAAGCUAACCCCGGUUGAGGUUCCCACUGAUGAUAUUAGUCCAACAAACCCGAUUAUUACCGGAAUAAAUACAACGAACAAGUCCUCACGUUCCAACAGCAAAGCCAAGCCUCCGCCCAGGAAGACGCAGAUUGUGUCGACAUCGUGGAUUUUCCCUAGUGUCCAAGAUGAAUUUCCUACAAUCCCCGUAGCUGAGACUGUCGACUUAUACACGCCCAUUACCCCUCAACGCAUAGAAAAGGCAUUGCCGCCGCCGCCACCGCCGCACGCCGGACCCCUCCCUCCUACGCCCGUGGCCCGCCCCAACCGUCGUCCGGCCGUCCCGCAACGCAAGCCGUCAGUUGUCUCGACGUCGUUCAUGUUUCCGGAACAACAGGACCACCCACGCUCAUUUUUCGAACACGAGAGUGAUGACGAAAACGACGGGGCCAACGGCGGCUCGCCCUCGCGCAAGUCGCGCCUCAAGCAGAUGGUCCGUGGCCUCCACCACCGACGUAGCCAGAGCGACAUCUCCAAACAGCAGCAUCGCAGGGAUGAGGUGGAUGAGAAGUUGUUGAGGGCGAGGGCGGCGACUGCAGUGAGCGCCCGUGCCGCAGCCCUGCAGCAGCAAAUCAACGAUGCUGACCUUGAGGUCAUGGGUGGCAGUGCAAGUCAAAGCAUGCUGCGCCGACAGAGGUCCGAGGUGUUUUCGUUCCUGUUGAAGGGACGGCGAAUGCAUUAA